GGUGUGCGUCUUGUGAAGAAGCCUUCCUGCGGUUUCGGUUCCAGUCUGCGUUGGACCACCGAUCGCUGGACAACGGAUUGUAUACGGGUGCGUGCGUGCGACACUCCAACGGCAACAAGCGUCAAACCCCGAACAGCAACAACAAGGUUAGCGGGUCAAGUGCGGGUACUGGCGACGGCGACGACGACGACGACGACGUACGGUGUGACAAAUUGCUCGGCUUGUUUGCGUUGUGGAGAAAGUGCUAAGUGAUGGGAGCUUUCGAGAGCGGGUUGGGUCUGCUGGGUUGGGUAGCGUUCGGCACGGUUCUGCUGCUAGCUGGAAGAGGCUGUCAUGCACAAGACUUCAAAGGCGCGAUAGAUCACUGCACGAAAGACUUCGAGAUGGAUAUGGACAUUGUGGUGUCGCUUAAGUACGGUGACUUUACUGAGCGGGAUCCACUGAUUGAGUGCUUUACCGAGUGUCUGAUGAAGAAGUCAGGCUUCAUGUACGACGACUACACCUACAACAAAACGCUGAUUAUUGGGUUCGCCGGUCGGUACCUAGAGCCGGAGGGGGCCCAGGCAGUGUACGAUAACUGCAUCGAUCGGUUCGGCCAAACGGUGUGCGUGACGGGGUUCGAGAUGUACCAGUGCAUCCACGAAACGGCCGUUUCGGAGUGGGUCUCGAGCAACUUCUAGACUGACCGUAACGCGAACCGGAAGAUCACGGCCAUGGUCAAUGUUUCGCCUGCCAGUGUGCGCUGUGCUCGAGUGGCUGCACCGCCACUGGACGCAUCUGAUUACCGUGUGCGUGUGUGUAUAGUAAUGGCUUGUCGUGUUGCUGUUUUUUUUUGUAGCUUAAGACCUGAGUUCGCACACCAUUGUGACGCAUCUUGACCUCCCCCCCGCUAGCUUUAAGUGCAACGUGAAACCAAAAAAGAAUGACUUUUGACUAUUUCAACGUUAAAUAAAGACGGAUCAUCGCCGUCCUGAAGUGUAAUUGACGUGACAUGGUUUUCUGCCACCGUGCAGUCUUGUUUUUCAGUGGAGGAGCUGAUCGUCUUACCGCCCCAUAAGGCGGUUAGCGCUAUCUACGUCAUGGAGUCGUUGGAAUGGAGUCAUGCUUUGGGGGAAACAGAUGUAUCUAAACACCGAAAACGAAUCUAACAACAGCGAACCGCGACGAUCAUCACCAUGCAGGGAUCUUGAUGGAACACACCGAAUGUAGUUGAAGGUCGAUCGCUGCUGACGGCCGAUCUGAUGCGCAGAUAGUAAUUAUUUGCCCAUCAUUUCGAUGCGUAUGGUUGUGGGCU